UAAACUGCAUACCCCGAAGAUCAUUGUUCGCUGACGCCGCCUCCUUGGUCUUUCCUCUCCUCCCUUCCCCUCCGCCGCGAUCGACCCCAAGAGCACGAAACCCUAGCCCUAGCCCAACCCAUCUUCUCCAUGGCCAACAGCAACCUCCCCCGCCGCAUCAUCAAGGAGACGCAGCGGCUGCUCAGCGAGCCAGCUCCUGGCAUCAGUGCUUCACCAUCAGAGGAGAACAUGCGCUACUUCAAUGUCAUGAUCCUUGGCCCAACUCAGUCGCCAUAUGAAGGAGGAGUAUUCAAACUUGAGUUGUUUUUACCUGAAGAAUAUCCAAUGGCUCCGCCAAAGGUUCGCUUUCUCACAAAAAUUUACCAUCCAAACAUUGACAAGCUUGGGAGGAUAUGCCUUGAUAUCUUAAAGGACAAGUGGAGUCCUGCCCUUCAGAUCCGAACAGUUCUUUUGAGCAUUCAAGCACUCCUCAGCGCUCCAAAUCCUGACGAUCCGCUUGCUGACAAUGUGGCAAAGCACUGGAAGGCCAACGAGACAGAAGCUGUGGAAACAGCCAAAGAGUGGACCCGUGUCUACGCUAAUGAUGCAUGAGCUCUGCAUGCUAUGACUGAUUGCUCAGUAGUCUUGGCAAGGUGAGGUGAAAUAGACUAUCAAGUGGUUUAAAAUGGAGGUCCAGCUGAUGAACUAGUGAAAUGUGAAGUUUCCUCCUUGCAUCGCGUGUACCGGGUGUGAUGCAUAUUAUUACCCUAGUUGGGAUGCGAAGGACCCAUGUGCGUGUAUAUUUCGUUGAGUGUUGUACCGUAAUAAACAUCCUGAAGUCAUGUGUGCCUUUUCUUGCUCUACAUUAACUUCUUGGCCUUUCCUGGUUUGUUUUUGUCAAGUGUUUGAGAAUUUGUUGUA